CUAGAAUAUUCAGGAUAAGUCUGGUUUACGGUUUGCCUUAUCUAUUGAGCUAGUGAGACGAUAAUUCAUGGCCCGAACUAUAAAAUCCCCCAAUCCAGCAUUCCAAGACGAUCGCGUUAGUUCAACAAUCGGAAGCAAAGAGCUUUCAUGGGGGACAGUUCGGUGAUUGAUCCUGCGGCUAUCAUUUCUCACAAAUUCCCCGAGACUACGUACACCUAUAAUGAAAGAGAUACUGCCCUCUAUGCCCUCGGUGUUGGAGCGUGUUUAAGGGACGCCUUGGAUGAUAAAGAGCUCAAAUAUGUUUAUCAUCAAGAUGGGCAGCAAUCCAUUCAGGUGUUGCCAACAUUUGCUGCUUUAUUUUCUCUUGGAAUUACUUCAAAAAUUGCACAGCUACCAGGGAUGGUAUAUGAUCCACGUCUUCUAUUGCAUGGACAACAAUACAUAGAAAUCUACAAACCGCUUCCUUCUAGUGGUUGUAUACAAAACAAAGUAAGCGUCUCAGGAUUGCAUGAUAAAGGUAAAGCAACCAUUCUUGAGUGUGAAAUUGUAAGUUAUGAAAAAGACACUGGCGAACUGCUAUGCAUGAAUCGGUCAGCUGUUUAUUUGAGGGGUGCAGGUGGCUUCUCAAAAUCAUCUCUCCCAUAUUCAUACUCCAAGUAUCCAUCCAACCAGAAUUUAGCUUUUAAAAUUCCAAAAAGUCAACCUUUUGCAGUAUUUGAGGAUUGUACCCAACCAUCUCAGGCAUUGCUUUACAGGCUCUCUGGUGACUAUAACCCUUUGCAUUCAGAUCCUAUGGUUGCAGAAAUUGCAGGAUUUUCUCGGCCAAUACUGCAUGGACUGUGCACACUUGGCUUUGCAGUCAGAGCUAUCAUCAGAUGUAUCUGCAGAGGAGAUCAGAACUUGAUUAAAAGCAUAUCAGGCCGGUUUCUCUUACAUGUCUACCCUGGUGAAACUUUAAUCACUGAAAUGUGGCUUGAAGGCUUGAGAGUUGUAUAUCAGUUGAAGGUGAAGGAACGAAACCGGGCAGUGCUUUCUGGCUUUGCGGAUCUCAGUCAUUUAAGUUCAUCUCUGUGAAUUCUCAUGCUGUAUACCAAACAAGAAGCCCUUCUCUCUUAAUAAAUUCAGGAUGUUGGAGUUUAGAGUAGUAUUGUUGUUGAGAAGCGAUAAUUACAUGAUACUCUCAUUGUAUAAAGGUUGUACUCGUUGCACGAGAUGUCUGUUUAUAACGAGGUUUGUGGGUAAUAAGUGAUAAACAAUUUUACAUUGUAUAUGCUCGUAAGUAAAUUAUUUUGCCAUUUACUAAUUCGGAUGCAUUCUUGCUGAAAUGAAAUCAAAAAGUCCCAUACACCGUAAAGCCUCCAACCUUGUGAGUCG